CACCAAUUCACCCCCAUCUCCUUCUUUCCAUUCCUCUCUCUCCACCUCAAUUCCAACCCCAGGACCACACCAUGGCGCCGUCCCGAUCCUCCGCCUCAUGGCUCUCCUCCGCCCUGGCCGUGUGUGCCAUCCUGUGUCUGACGGUGCCCGCCAACGCCCUCUACUUCUACAUGGACGGGCGCCAGACCAAGUGCUUCUUCGAGGAGCUCCCUAAGGAUACCCUGGUCGUUGGCACCUACUCCACCGCCGUGAUCAACCAACAAACCAACACCUACAAUGUGGACCCCAACCUGAAGAUGCUCGUGACCGUGGAAGAGGUCUUCGACAACGACCACCGCGUCGUCUCCAAGCGCGACAGCGACACCGGCCGCUUCACCUUCUCCGCCGCUGACGCCGGUCUGCACAAGAUCUGCGUUACUCCCGAGACCAACGCCGCCGUCGGCAGCGGCUGGCUGGGCGGUGCCCCGGCCGGCGCUGUCCAAGUCACCCUGGACAUGGCUAUCGGUGAGACGAGCAAGAUCGAGACCGAAGAUAAGGACAAGAUGCAGGAUAUUGUACAGAAGGUUAAGGAUUUGAAUGGAAGGUUGCAGGAUAUUCGUAGGGAACAGGUGUUUCAGCGGGAACGCGAAGCCGAAUUCCGGGACCAGUCUGAAGCCACGAAUGGACGUGUUGUGCGGUGGACUUUGAUUCAGUUGGCCGUGUUGUCGGUGACUUGUGCUUGGCAGCUCUCGCAUCUGCGGUCGUUCUUUAUCAAGCAGAAGUUGACGUAAAGGGGGUUUUCGCCUGGGAUUGGAUUGAGGUGAUGGCUAUGGCUAUGGCGAGUGAGAAAAGAAUGGAUGUGGUGGGUGCGGGCAGGUACCUGGCCUGGUUUGUUGUACUUUUUUUUUUUUCUCAUUACAGAACAGAUAAACUACCUUGCUAUGAUUGGUUGUUUAGCGAUAUAUCUUGUUACUUGAGGG